AUGUUCUACUUGAACCCAAAUUGGACGGUUUUCGAGAAAUACACUCAUUUGCGGAUCUAUUCGAUGGCUGUUGAUCUGUUCGCCGAGCUUGGCCAUCGGCUUGCAAACGUUUCGUCAACACACGAGGAGACAUCAUCAGUGCGCAGUUUGGUGGGUACUUCUUCCUUGCCUGCGCGUACCACUGUUUAUGAUAUUCUACAACUGAAUGUGCUGCACACAGGCCGCCUCAUGUUUCAGUUGGCCCAAUAUUCGAGAUAUCGUAGUAUAUUUUCAUACAGGAAACUACUCACAAAGUUGCUGAAGACUGUUCGACAGGUUGACGAAAACUCGAGGACUGCGCCUACCUAA